AUGACUUAUGAUCAUAUUUUGGCCCUAAUCUGCUCUUCCUCGGAAUUCACACAAAUUCAGGUGAUUUUUUUUGGAUUUUUUAAAAAUUUUUUGGAAGUGAUAUUGAUUUAGAUGAUUUUUUUUUAUUUUUUUUGUGAUUUUGACGUUAUUUGUUGGAAUUUCAGUGUCGCGAAACUGAAAUGACCGACCUGGACCUGCUCAUGUCGGAAUGCAUGCGUCCCCUGAGAGGCGGUGGACUGGCCGCCGUCCAAUGCCUCGAAUUCUCCAAAUACAUCAACCGUCUCUGGAAUUUUAACAGUUCGUUGCGCCAGGUGGUCGACGUGUAA